UCGCAAUUCCGGGUAACUUCCUAGUUGUCAUGUUUGAAGUACUAUUUUUUUUUUUAAACGAGUCGCUUAUCAAAAGUAACGACUCUAUUGCCUAUACUUCGUGGCGGAUAAUAACAUGAGGGGAAAAGAUUCUUUGGCUUUGAAGUAUAUCAAAGACUACAAACUAGCCCAGUUAGCUUCCAGAGUUAAGUUAAGUUACCUGCUGAAUGGUUGGUGAUGGAGGCGCUAAUAACCAAGCUCACCGAAAAGCACGUCCUGUUCGCGGCUUCCUUCGCGAUACGACUGGCCCUGGUGGCUUAUGGAGACUACCAGGAUCGGACCAUGGUGGUGAAGUACACUGACAUUGACUACCAUGUGUUCACAGAUGCUGCAAGAUUCAUCACUGAGGGACAGUCCCCCUACAACCGAUCGACCUACCGCUACACCCCUCUGCUGGCCUGGCUGCUCGCCCCCAACGUCCUUCUCAGCCUGGCGUUCGGCAAGAUCCUCUUCAUUGUAUGUGACGUGCUGUCGGGACUCCUCAUCUACAGAAUCCUCCGGCUGAGAGGUCUGAACCCUGAGACUGCACGGCGGGUUUGUUCUCUGUGGCUACUCAACCCGCUGCCCAUGGGAGUGUCCAGCCGGGGGAAUGCUGAGGCAGUGCUGGCAGCUCUGGUGCUGGGGACAUUGCUGUGUAUGGAAGCCGGUCACCUGACAUGGGCGGCUGUGCUCUAUGGUUUGUCAGUGCAUAUGAAGAUCUACCCCAUUACGUAUGCUUUGCCCAUUGCUCUGUCCCUGCGCACGACGGAGACCACAUCUGAGAAGGACAAGACGGGCUGGAGGCGGUUCAUCGGGUUUACAGGAAGCUUCCUGAACCGGAGGCUGCUCCUCUUUACAUGUGUGGCCGGAGGAGUUUUCUGCUCGCUCACAGCCCUCUUCUACUACAUGUAUGGAUGGGAGUUCCUUCAUGAGACCUACUUGUACCAUCUGAUCAGAAGGGACAUCAGACACAAUUUCUCUCCAUACUUCUACAUGCUCUAUCUCACCACAGGCAGCAGGUGGAGCCAGUGGCUCGGCCUGGCAGCAUUCCUGCCUCAGCUCGUCCUGCUGCUGGUAGCCUCAUGGUCCUUUCACUCCGACCUGGCCUUCUGCUGCUUCCUGCACACCGCCAUCUUUGUCUCUUUCAACAAAGUCUGUACUUCACAGUACUUCCUGUGGUACCUGUGUCUACUCCCUCUGGUCAUCCCUCACCUGAGUCUGUCGCUGAAACAGGGAGUGGGACUGCUCCUCCUCUGGUUUGCCGGACAGGGCAUCUGGUUGGGCCCUGCGUACUUUCUGGAGUUUGAAGGCUACAACACCUUCCUGUUAAUCUGGCUGGCUGGAUUACUCUUCUUGAUCAUCAACUCCUUCAUCUUGAUUCAGAUCAUCGUUCAUUACAAACCGACUCAAACUCCACAGAGACUGAAGGCUGAGUGACAUUCCAGUUCUUUUAGCUGAAGAUGAUGGACUACGGAUGUUUAAAAAUAAAGUCUAUAUUUUGUUUAUUCUCAUUUUGUUUGGUACUUAGCUACUUCUUGUAACCUGAAUAAUGUCGGGACAGAACAGGUGCAUACAGUGCUUUUUUCUGAGUGACUAAGUCCACUGGUUCAUUUCAGUCGUUUAAUCACUUUAAUCCCCAAUGACUCACAUAGGGCCGAAAACUGCUGUUGUACUGCUUCUCUCAAACUUGGAAGUAUUUCUUUCCACUUGUGGCCACACCGCAUGAAAAAAGCCUUAUGUUCGUUGUUUAGGGCAAAAUACCACAAAACAGUUUCUACAAAACAGUAGAUCAGAGAGCAUGCACCCCCCCGUUUGACAACCACCAUGUUAAACACCAAAAUAAACACACACAAGUUGCUA